CUGAUUGCAAAGGCGAUAACAUACGCACAUUUUCGAUAAUUCGAAAGAUUUAUAAAUUUAUAAAUAUUGCAAAAGGCGAUAAUUGUCAAGUGCGUAAUAAGAUGCUAGCUAAAUCGCUGCCCAGCAUCAAGGAUAGGGAAUUGUAAGAGCUCUGCCUUUUCAUGCUUGGACGGUGAUUACGCCAGCUGCAACGCAACAGACAGACAGGAGGCUGUCGCUGAGACGCAGAGCAGAGGCAGUGACGCCAUUUUCUGUGCGAAUAAAGAGCAGGUGGGGCCACACCACACCACAGCACACCAGAGAAACACGAGCUGUGCUGGCUCGUGACCAACUGCAGCGUUUGAGAUUAGAGCGCACUCGAGAGGAGAGGCAUGAGUAGCCUAAUCAACUUCCUCAACCCCAAACUCAAGCCUUCCGUGGAAUGCGAGGCCGUGUGCGAGGACGGCUACACAGCCGACAACCUGAUAGCUAACGAUGGGGAGCAGCUGGAGCGAGGUUUCAUGUGUUUCGCCGUCUGCAAGCCGCCCGUUGAGAUCGUCUUUGACUUUCCCAAAGCCAUCGACAUGAAGGUCAUUAAGCUGUGGCACACCUCAGGCGCCUUCCGGUCCACGGCCUUCGAGGUGCACAGCAAGUACGACGGCAUUUGGGAGCGCGUGGCCAACGUCCGCGACCUGUCCAAGGGCGUUGACUCCGUGACUUUCUGUUACCAGAGCGACUACAAUUCCCGCAGCAGCGCGGCCGCCGCCCAGCAGCAGAGCGAGAAGGUUUUCUUCUUCAAGACGGCCCACAAAAUACUGGCCAACACGAACAGCGUAAAGAUCGUGAUUCGCGCCACGGAACGCUGUCCACCGGUGCUCCGCAAGAUUCAAAUCUGGGGCCUGCCUGCCCGCUCCCUGGACAAGGGCGACCGCGAGUUGAUGAAAACCAUUUGGAGCGAGAUUAGCGAUCCGUUCGGACAGCGGGACCAGGCUCAGCAUCCAGCUGGACAGCGUUCACCCUCUCGCCACAUACCUGAGCUGCGCGAGCAGUCGACGCUGUCGCUACCCGAAGAGUUCCUCGACUCCCUCACCUGGGAGCUAAUGAUCUUUCCCACGGUGCUGCCCUCCGGCAAGGUGGUUGACCAGUCCACAAUUGACAAGCACGCUGUGGAGGAGGGCAAGUGGGGCCGCCAGCCCUCCGAUCCCUUCACAGGACUCGAAUAUACCUCACAGCGCAAAGCAGUAAUGAACCUCGCCCUCAAGGCGCGCAUCGAAAAGUUCCUAAUGGAUAACUCGGAGCACUUUAAGACUGUGCCCCGUUCGCUGGGUAGCUCACGAAUGCGCCGCCGCCACGCCUCCCAGUUCGCCAGCAGCAUGUGCCAGCCGGGACAGGGUAGUACCGCCGCCGGGACCUACUCCUCGCUCUCUAGCGCGUACAAGCAUCAGCAGCGCAAGACCAAAUCCACCGUCACCUUCACGGCCACCUCAUCUACGGCGGCUUUCCCAGGCCAGUCCCCCGCCUCGCCGCCGGCUGCGAAGCGGGCCAGACACAGCCACCACUCGGCCAGUGCUACCGUCACGGCCAGCAGCGUUCACCAGUCGCUUGCAGUCGCAUCUACCUCGACGACAGGUCCGUCUUCCAUUGACCAGGCCCUCCAGCAGGCUUUGCAGAAGAUCACCCGCUUCACCCAGGUCGGAUCCGUUGCAGGAUCUGGAACACCGCCCCGCUGCAUCAACUGCCGCAGCAGUCAAUUUGGCUACGAGAUCCGCACCUGUCAGCAUCUGGUCUGUCGCGAGUGUCUCGUCCUGCUGUCGUCGACCCAGCAGUGCGUGUGCAAGGUCAGCUUCCGGGGGGCGGACGUCGAGCGCUACCACAAGCUGCCGUAGUACCGUAGUGGAUGGAGAUGGACAUGGACCCCUUUUCUUAGUCGUACCGUAGUUUAAUGCUUCGAUAUAGAUUCGUUUGUAAGUGCUUUUGUUGCCAAUCUGGGAACUGCGUCCUGCAGCUGCAACCUGCGACCAUUCUCAAACCUGUAAUUGCAAUAUUUACCUUUUUGGCGAUCUUUGCAAUAUGCCUUCAGUCAUCAGACCCUCAUUUUUCAGUUUUAAGUGAAUCGCUUUAGCCCCGUGGCCUCAACCUACGAUUAGUUCUACUCAUAUCAGACUGGAUUUUAGGAGAGGAGGUGAAAGAAGCGGAGGGGAGACUCAGAUUCAAGCCAAAAUGUGUACACUCGAGUUGGUGAGGCAUCCGCCACCAUACCACGGAUCGUUGGGCGUUCCCAAUUUCAGUAUGUAUCAGUAUCAGGUCACUUUUUUAGUCAUAGAACAGAUUAGAAGUAGAGCGCGCAUAGUUUUUGUAGACCAUUUAUACAAUCCCCAAAAGACAGGAUAUUUAGCGCGUGAUUUAUAUAUUCAUACCAAUUAUAUAGAAUAAAGAAUAAAAUAAAAACUAA